CCUACAGCAGCAUAUCCUCUUAUGCCCGCACACUCUACCAAAGCAGCCAUUAUGGCACCCAUACCACAGCAGAAUGGCGCGAUGCAUCAACACUCGCUCAACACUGCUGCUGCCGAGCUCAAAUACGCAAACAGCACACAUCUCGUCGACGUGAUCGGCAAAGACGAAGACAUUCGACGACUGCGUUUCGAUAUACAUAUCCUGGAAGACGACAAUGACGAACUCCGUGAGUUGCUUGGUCAGGAAGAGGCGCGAUCCGAUCAAUUCGAGCGCCUCGUCAACGAGAACCUCGCGCGUGCCGAAGCGGCCGAAGCGCGUCUGUCAGACCUGGAGGACGAGUUGCGGAUGCGGGAGCAGGAGGUUGGCACCUUGCGGGCAGAGGCGAAAGCAUUAGAGACCACAGCCGCAGAUUCCGAAGCUUUCUUGACAGAAAAGCUGGCGCUGACACGAGAACUUUCCGUCCUCCGACCACAACUAGAGCACUUGAAAACACAGGCGAGCAACACCGAGGCUUUGAUGACUGAGAAGUUGGAGUUGCAACGGCAGCUAACCGAGCUUCAAUGCGAACUGGAGAAUGCCAAACGCGACGUGAAGCGCGCCAUGGCAAAGCGACGAAACACUGGUGUCGAGAUCGCUCAGGAAGAGCAGGUCGAACAGCUCAAGAGGGAGCUCGCCAAGGAGAAGCGCGCUCGACAACGCGCAGAAGAGGCCACUGAGCCCUCUCAGUCAGAUGUUAAUGUUGACGAGGUGCGAAAAGAGUUGGCUCGUGAGAAACGCGCACGACAAAAGGCUGAAGAGGAAUUGGAGGCGGCACACGAGAACACGCAGGUGGAAGACGUGCGGAAAGACUUGCUGAAAGAGAAGAAGGCCAAGAACAAACUUGAGGAGCAACUGGAGAGUUUGCAGGAAGAGCUUGCCAACGAAAAGAAGCGAUCGGCCAAAGCACUCAAACAGGCUGGAGCCACAGCAACGGCAACAGCUGAGAACGACGAGCAACUUGAGGAACUUCGGACAGCACUUGCAAAGGAGAAGAAGGAGCGUGCAAAGGCCGAGAAAGCAGCAGAGAAGCAGCUUGCUGAGAUCGAGGCUCAGAGAACCACGCUUGACGAGAAGCUUGGCCAAUUUCGAACGAAACUGAGAUCGACCAAAGAGAAGCUCAAAGAAACGGAAGCAGAGUUAGAGGCUGCGCGUGAGAGGGCCGCUUCUGCUGCGACCGCUCCACAAGUAAGGAAGACGGCGGCCAACAACAGGAAACGAAACGCGGCGGCCCUGGAUGUCGAUGCUACUACUCUGGGCACACCAGGCGACGGACCUACAGCAAAACGUGGCCGCAGAGCGCCUGCGGUGGGCGAGAAGUCCUCGUUCAGCAUUACUCCUUUCCUUAAUAGGACUGCUAGCAUUGCUCCCGAGAGCGACCAUGAGGAGGAAGAUUCUGAUGGCGAUGCUCCCAAUGCCAAGGAAAUCGACGUUCCGACAGCUUCACCUACUGCCCUUGCAGCCACCACAAAACAAAAGAAGUUGCCGCUCGCGCAAGCUGAUAGCAACAUGAAAGUGAAGAAAGCUGCGCCUCGACAACGCAAACAAAAAGCAGCGGCACCAAUGCUUGACAUUGUCACAGAAGAGCCGGAAGACGUGCACAGCCAGGGUCAAGAAAACGACGCUGCCUCGAAAACUGCUGCAGCGAAGACGAUCAAAACCAAAACACACGACGGCGACGAUCCCGAAAACCCAACAGAUGCGGCGACGAAAAAGAAACAAAAGAAGCGCAAGUCGCUCGUGGAUUUUGAGACCUUCAAUAAGCCUGAGGCUGCAAAGAAAGUACAGAGCAAGAAAAACCGCAAGCUGGGAGGACUAGGCAAGACUUUGUUUGAUGAAGAAGAGGAAGCUACUGCGCCCGCCAAAGCGCUUCCUGGCAGGAUGGUGCUCGGAGGCCGUGGCUUUGGCGCUCUCGGGGCUGGAACGAAGAAGGCUGGUGGUUUCCUCGGCGCAAGCAAGAUCGGAUCGUCCAUAUUGAUGACUGCGCAGGAUGGCAGUGGCUUUCAGUUCAGCCCUCUCAAGCGAAGGCGAGGGAACCUCGAUGACACGUUGAGGGGCUGAGAGCUUUUUAUGCAAUCAAAA